CAGUGACUGCGGUCGGGGGGCGGGAUUUAACCGUUGCCGUGAGGGGAAGGUGCAGUUGGUGGUACUGCCCGAUGUUCGGUGUCGCUGGAGGUUCGGAGUCCAAGAACUGAACCUUGUUACCGGAACUGAAGUUUUGUUUUACAAGAGUGAAUAACGGAAUUCGCAACAAUGGCAGACUCGGAGAAUUUAAGGAUUGCUCCUGAAAUGCCAGCAAUGUUUGAUGGGAUGAAGCUGGCUGCAGUCGCUGCAGUGCUCUACAUCAUUGUAAGAUGUCUUAAUCUUAAGAGUCCAACUGCUCCUCCAGAGCUGACUUUCCAGGAUAACGCACUCUCUCGAUUCUUGCUGAAGUCAUGCCCGCUGCUGACCAAAGAAUAUAUCCCGCCCCUGAUCUGGGGAAAGAGUGGACAUGUACAGACAGCAUUAUAUGGUAAAAUGGGACGUGUAAGCUCUCCUCAUCCUUAUGGUCUCCGUAAGUAUCUCUCUAUGCCUGAUGGAGCGACUGCAACGUGGGAUCUUUUUGAGCCGUUGGCAGAGCAUAACACUGGAGAGGACAUUACUAUGGUGAUUUGUCCUGGGAUAGCCAAUCACAGUGAAAAACAGUAUAUCCGAACAUUUGUCGACUAUGCGCAGAAACAUGGCUACCGAUGUGCUGUUCUUAACCAUCUUGGUGCUUUACCUAACAUUGAGCUCACCUCGCCUCGUAUGUUUACAUAUGGUUGUACAUGGGAGUUUGGUGCCAUGGUAAAUUACGUAAAGAAAACAUUUCCUCAGACCCAGCUGGUGGUUGUGGGUUUCAGUCUUGGUGGAAACAUUGUUUGCAAAUAUCUUGGAGAGAAUCGAACCAAUCAAGAGAAGGUUCUUUGUUGCAUCAGUGUUUGCCAAGGCUAUAGUGCUCUUCGGGCACAAGAAACAUUCCUCCGCUGGGAUCAAUGUCGGAGGUUUUACAACUUCCUAAUGGCAGAUAACAUGAAAAAGAUUAUUUUGUUUCACAGAAAAAUUUUAUUUGGAGAAAAUGAGUGCAAAGCACCAAAUCCUCUGGCAGAUGUAGACAUUAGCAAACUUUAUACAGCAACUUCCCUGAUGCAUAUUGAUGAUAAUAUCAUGAGAAAGUUCCAUGGGUAUCACACACUGAAAGAAUAUUAUGAGAAAGAAAGUUGUAUGCACUAUCUUCACAAUAUCCAGGUUCCUCUUCUACUAGUGAAUGCUUCUGAUGAUCCCCUAGUGCAUGAAAGCUUGUUGACCAUCCCCCGUUCACUUGCAGAGAAAAAAGAAAACGUCAUGUUUGUGUUAACUUUACAUGGUGGCCACCUUGGAUUCUUUGAAGGAGCAGUACUCUUCCCAAAACCUUUAACUUGGAUGGAUAAGCUUAUUAUAGAAUACACAAAUGCCAUCUGUCACUGGGAGAAAAACAAGCCCCAUUGUACAGCAGCUGGAGACCAGAGCUGCUCAGAGUACAGUGAUUAACCUUUGCACAAAUCUCAUUUGCCAAACUCUAAUCAUUUAGCCCUUAUCAUUGUUACAUUCCUGACCUGGGUUUGACUACCUUAAAACUAAUCCCUGCUAUUAAUGUAGCUCAACCAGCAGAAUCAAACUCUUUUAUCACCAAGGUUUAAAUAUGAUUGUAAGGCCCUUUUCUAUGCCUAUCUCCACUAAAAGCAACUUGGAGCACACACAAAAUGAUAACUCACUGUGUUUGCACAACAGCACAGUGAUUAGACAUGGGACAAGAGUUACUCUUACCAAGGAAUAUCUGAUAUCCGUAGGUUUGGAGCAAAUGAGCCACAUAUAGGAUUCCUAGAAGUUAAACGUGUCUUUGCAAGAGCUCAUUUGUUUAAAGAAUUGUGCCUUCUAUUAUAUAUCUUUUAACUUAUGACAAAAGGCAUUUAUUUUUCUGCCCUGCCAAGAGGUUCAGUUUUGGUCAUUUGAUCAGACUAAGUGCAGCAAAGUGUUUGAGUUUAAUAAAUACAUUUACAAAGAGAAGACUUUCACUGGUUUUUGUCAUUUUAGAGAAACUGAAUAUAGAACUCUCACUUGGAGGGUGUGGGCAGGGGAACUCUUGCAACAUUAUUUUGUUACUUCUGUUUGCCGCUGUGUGGUAGGUACUCCAGAUAGAUAUUGUAAACAUCCUGUUCAGGUGUGUUGUGACAGAUUUAAGGAGCAGGUGGAACUUGAACUUGAGCCUUCUGGUUCAAAGGUAGAAAUGCUACCACUGCAUCACAAGAGCCGUCCAUACGAUACUCCAGGAAACAAUAUUGAGCUGGAUGAUCUGCAACUGUGGUGCAAUUUGCCUCUGGAAUAUGUAUCAAAUCUGAGUGUUUGCAUUGACUCAGUACUUAAUACUGUAGUGUUUGAUCAGCACUAUUUUUAGCCUUUCAAAACGGACACAAUAGAAUGUCUAUAGAAAUAAUUUUGCAAAAAAACUCAAAUAAUUUCCAUUUAAAUCCAUGUAUUUCUACCAGUUUUGCAUUUUUUCCAAAUAUGGAAGCUACUGCAAUUGACUCAUGGGCAUGAAGGUGGUCUAGAUCUACAUUUAUUUAAAAAUCAUUUUAAAAAUGUUAUUUACUCUGGUUAUAAAUGUUUUGCCCUUUGUAGAGAUCAUUCCACUGAGAACUUGAUAUAUUCUCAGCCAUUCCAGCAAGUGCAAAGCUAGUUGUGAAUCCUCUUAAGUCAGCUUGGUGGCUGUUCUAUCUCCUAGUGGAAUUUGUAUAUGCACAGCCUUUUAAUAUUUUUGAAUCAAACAGUUGAAAGGAGGUGUAAAUUGCCAGGAAGUUAGUUGAAAUGUUAAUCAGUUUUUAAAGCUUAUUUCUUCUCACUACUAUAAAACUGUUUCCCAAGUUAUUCCUGAUCUGUGCAGUGUUAAAUGAUUUUGAUUAGGGAAGCAACAGGAAAUGCUUCAGUUAGUGACAGGACUCUGAGGAUAAUUGGAAAUAAAACAUUGCCUUCCACUUUCCGAUCGCUUUCCAAUAAUUUUUUGCAGUGCACCCAUUUUUGUGGAAUGGACUUGGGGAUAUAUGAAUGUAUUUGCUGCCUGGAAAUUGAGGAAGCAUCAUUUGGAGAGACAAAAAUUCAGAAGCCAAUAUUAUGCAAUGUUCCAUUUCUUCAUUGCCCAUUCCAAGAACAGUUGUGUUCUAUUUAGUCAGCCAAUGACAGUGGAUGAGUAUGAGAUUUUGUUCAGUAUCCAGUUAUGUCUUGGAGUUUCAACACUGGGAAAAUAUGAUAUUGGUAAGAGAGUCAAAUUAGCUCACAUCAGAGAUUCUCUAGUUAAACCCUAAUUUAGUAGUUUCUGUAGACUGAUUUAUGAAACCAAGUUAGAUUUUUAAGUAAUAAUGACUUGCAAAAUUGUUUUAAGUUCUGUCAACUGUUCUAAUGGUAAUUCAAUUUGAGUACUUAUUAUAAUAGCAAAAGUAUAAAACUUAUGCCGCAUCCAGUAGAAUGAACCCCAGCUUGGUCAAGUCAGUAGUUACUAAACUAAAGACUGUUGAGUGCAUUUGUAUGUAGUCACCAUCACCACGCCAGCAGCAGUCUUUGUGGCAGACUAAGUUCAAAUUAUGUAUAAUGCUCCACUGUGGAGCUGUGAUGCUGCUUCCAACUUGAGAAGGAAAAUCAUUUAUUUGAAUCUGUGCUUUAAGAUCUGAAAAUUAGGUUAUGAUUCUCCGCCCCUGCUUUUCAAGGCUGUCAGGUUAGCCAUAUGUGAUUGUAUAACACUGUCUAACAUCUGUGUAUAGAUGUGUGAGCUAAUGCUAUUGCUGUACCUAGGGAGUUUGGUAAAGGGCAGGGAAAGCAUUGGUAAUUACUUAAUCAACUGAAAAGUUUUUAAUAUUAUUGUUAAAGUGGCUAAUCCUAUAGGAAACUUUAUCUGAUCAGGUGAUUAGUGCCUUAAACUUCAGUAUGGAUAGUAUACAGUUGGCAUCCAGGCAGCCAGCUCCUGGUAGAAUGAUAGAAAUCUAUCUGCCUGUGUAUCUGGGUGAUGUUUGAUUAAUGUAUAAAAUCUGAAUUUUCCUGCUUGAAAAUCUGACUGUGUCGAUGUGCAAAUAAUGAGCUCUUAUCAUGUGGUUCUGGAAGCGUUACAAUUCUCAACAUUUUUAAGCCAUUUAGAAAUUGCUUGAUGAUUUCUGUUUAAAAGAAGGAAAACAGUUUCAAACUGCUAUAGUCAAACUUCUCACUCCCUGGAAUAUCUUGGGGUAACGUUGGUCUGUUGAUGCUUAACUUUUAUGGGUGCCUCACCUGAUUUUUACUUAUUACAUCAAUUCUACCGUCAAUAAUGAAGACCAAAGGCAACAUAACUCCAUUAUCUCAUGUUUAGCAGUUUCAUUAUUCAGUUGAAUUCGCGUCUGAAUGAUAUGCUGGAGAGGUAGGAUAUGAUGGAUAAGAUCUGAACUUUGUGGUAUCUAUUAGGGCACUUGUAAUUUGAAAAGCUUCUAGUUCUUGCACAUGGUAUGUACAUAGGAGUAGCACUUAAGGUUUAUGUUGGGCACUCUAAAGAUAAUUAACCAGUAUUUUGGCACAUUUUAGGCUAGGUAAAAUGGCAUUUAGAUGUGUUUGCAUUUGACUAACUACCUAUGCAAGAUCUUUUCCCAAGCCUCCUUGACAAAGAUUAAGA